ACCGAUAUGCAGCCCGCGUAAUAAACAAUAUUAUCAAAGUCUAUUCUUGCAAUGUCCCUCCGAAUGAGGAGGGGGGCUCCUUCCUUAAAAGGAGGUUACCGGAUGACGCGGGAGGUUCGCUCCCUGUGAUGUGGUGAGAGAGAGACUGGGGUCUCGUGCGCAGCUCAGACUCCGAUGUUGUGUAGCGGAGAGUAGCGCCGCGUGCAGUCGGUACUGAGAGGAGCGGGAACUGGCUCUUGACAGCCGAGCGUCAACGUCUUUGGAGAGAGCGUUUCAUCAUUUGUCUCUUCUGAGCCCCUCUUUCUCUCUAUCUGUCUCAUCCUCUCACUCUCUCUCUCUCUCUCUCCCAGCGCAACUUUUUGAAUUUCUCGGACUCAACGUAUCCAUUCCAGCCGCAGAGAUGUCGGGCUGUGCACGUUUAUACCAAGUGCUUUUCGCACUUUUGUCUGUUCUUGUCGGAGUUACCUGUUUUAAUUUGGAUAUUGAGAAACCUUCAGUUUACAGCGGACCCGAGGGGAGUUAUUUUGGCUAUUCGGUGGACUUCUAUCGACCAAACCCAGAUAAAAACGUAAUGGCUGUGUUGAUCGGGGCACCGAAGGCGAACACCACCCAACCGGGAAUUGUGGAGGGGGGAGCCGUGUACUAUUGCGCUUGGCCGGCAAACGACACCGACUCCUGCCGCCAAAUUCCGUUUGAUAGAACAAAUAACAGGAUGGUAAAGACGAACGGCGAGCGACAGAAUCUGGACUUUAAGUCCCAUCAGUGGUUCGGGGCCACGGUGCGCACCCACGGAGGCAAGGUGGUGGCGUGUGCUCCUCUGUAUCACUGGCGCACUGUAAGGGAGUUAGGGGAGAUGGAGCCGGUGGGGACCUGCUACGUGGCCAUACAGAACUUCAGCGCCUUCGCCGAGUACUCUCCCUGCAGAAAUACCAAUUCAGACCCAGAGGGACAGGGCUUCUGCCAGGCUGGGUUUAGUGUGGACUUCACCAAGGAUGGUGCUUUGGUGUUGGGCGGUCCUGGCAGUUUCUACUGGCAAGGUACGGAACAACAUAUUCUCAAUACACACUUAUCCAAUCAGAGCGCUGUGUCAUAAUACACACUUAUCCAAUCAGAGCGCUGUGUCAUAAUA